CACACCCACAACAAUGGCGACGGCCCAAGAAGACGUGCCGAUCGAGGUCGACGCUGUGGAGACGGUCGAGACGUCUGAGACGACAGAACCCAAGCCCGGACCUCGUGGCAGGCGUAACGAGCCCACCGAGCCAUUGGAACCUCUCGACGAUGUCCUCCACCGCCGCCUGACAAUCAUCAAGGAGGGCGACAACGUGCUCUUGAGACUGCCAAGCGACGCUAUUAAGGCUGUCGUCGCCUCCAAGGACGGCCUCAUUCAGCUCGGCAAAUUCGGCUCCUUCCCCGCCAAGGAGCUCCUUGGCCUGCACUACGACAUCACGUACGAGGUCGUCUCUGCAACCGAUGGCACGGCGACAACGGCAGAGUCUCAGGUGGACGAAAACGCAUUCUCCUCCUCUGACAACUUUGGCCAGGCCAAGGGCAAGAAGAACAAGAAGGGCAAGGGCAAGGGUGAUGGCAACGACAGUGCCAAGACCAACAAGGGCUGGAGCAACCUCCUCCGCCCGCUGAAGAGGCGAGCGAUCGUCGAUGCUGUCAUUGACGACAUCAAGGAGACCAACGAGUUCAUCGACGACUCGGAGGAGAACCGCGGCGCCCUACUUUCCUCGGAGGAGAUUGCCGAGCUGAGGGCCCAGGGCGUGUCGGCCCAGGAGAUGAUUCAGAAGCAGAUGGAGCGUCACGAGCAGUUUGAGCUCAAGACGGACUUCAGCAAGGAGAAGUGGAGGAAACGCAAGGAGAAGAAGUACCUCCAGACUGUCCACCCCCUCGCGCCGUCAACGGUCAACAUUGUCAACCACUACGCGCAGCGCUCCCCAGCCUCCAUCUUGCAUCUCCGGGAAGACACGCUCUCGCAGCUGGUCAAUCUCGGCAACAUCCGACCAGACGGCCGCUACCUCGUGGUGGACGACACUGGUGGACUUGUCACUGCUGCCCUUGCCGACCGCAUGGGCUGCGAGGGCCGUAUCCUCCUGUUCACCGACGCCGACAGCCCCCCCGCGUGGGGUGUGCUCAACGUCAUGAACUUUGGCGAGCGCGAGCUGAGCUUCAUCAAGUGGCUCAACUGGAUGGAAGCGGAUGAGAGCUACGUGCGGCCGGGACUGCCCACAGAAGAUGGCAUGCCGUCAAUUGCUGAAAACAAGACCAUGGCCCGUGUGCGGAGGCACAACGCCCAGGUCGCCGAGCUGAACGCGACCCGAGCGGAGCUGCACGCCGGUAACUGGGACGGUUUGAUCCUGGCGACUGAAUUAUCGCCCAUCUCGGUCAUCAACCGCCUGACAAAGUACCUCGCCGGCUCGGCGACCGUGGUCGCGUACUCGCCUUACCAGCAGGUCCUGGCCGAGACAUUGCAAUAUCUGCGCAAGGACGCCAACUUCCUUGCGACACAGCUCACCGAGAGCUGGUCGAGGACGUACCAGGUUCUCCCUGGACGGACACACCCUCUGAUGACGACGAGCGCCAUGUCUGGCUACUUGUUGCACGCAACCCGGGUCCACAUCUCAACCUUUGUGCCCGAGUCGCACCAGCGCCACAAGCGCAGGAAAAAGGCCAACGGAGAGGCUGCGGCUGUCGGCGCCAAGGAAGCUGAGGACGCUUCUGAGCCGGCUGAAACCGCCAAGGCCUCUGAGGCUGACGCCGCUGCAUAAACUCUCAAGCCUCAUGCGUUGUUUUGUACAUUUUUUUUGCAUCUUGCAUCUACAGUAGAGAGCGUUGAUGCAGUGGGU